GCGUGUUCUACGCGAAUUAGUAAGACAAAGAAAAAACAGGAUGAGUGACCUUGAGUUGGUGAAGAAGAUGCUGCGUGCUGUUCUUCAGAGCAGUAAACACGGCGUGGCCAUGGCCCGUCUCCAGGGAGAUUACCGUGCGCUGACUGGCGAAAUGAUUCCUCACUGGAAAUUUGGACAUGCCUCUCUGGAAAGAUUUCUGUGCAGUAUUCCCAGUGUGGUGCGGCUGGAACGCUCUAAUACUGGAGAGGUCAUGUGCUUUGCUGGUGUGUGUGAGGAGACUGCACAUAUCGCACAGCUGGUUUCCAGGCAGAAAGAUGCAAAGAAGUCCAGCUGUUCUAAAUUACUGCACUGCCAAAUGAGAACAAAGUCUUCCUCUCUGUUUUCACCUAAUGUUAUACCUCGCUCAUCUCUGCGGCAGCCGGUCAACAUGAGUCAUCCCUAUCGUUGCCCCGCCCCCAAAUUUAAUUUUUACCCUAACCAGCGGCAGGUUUACAGUACCAACCUGCCCUCCACCCGAGUUUCUCCUCGCCACCUGCUGAGCCGGAAGUCACCAGGGUCAAUGGGCACUGGGUCUGUACCCAACAGGUUUCAAACAGAUAUGAAAACUCAUCCGUAUCAACCCAGUUGGACACCAGCUCAGAAUAAGUCUGUAAACCUCGUUGAAGUUGAGAUGGUUCAGAGUCGCAUCAAACAGCUCUUGCAGAAAUACCGCAGUGGGGUCUGGCUGUCAAAAAUCUCUCAGCUUUACAAAGAGAUGUUCAAGGAAGAGCUGCACAUGCACAAAGAUCUGGAGACCUGGACACACAUCUGCACUGUUGAGAAACCGGGCAGCAAUAACAUAGGUGACCGGCUGGUGUAUUCUGUCCUGGAACCUUUCCCAAAAGCCAGCACUCCGCUUACUGCCAGAGUAAAACAACCGACACCUGCCCAGCAAACAACUCACAGCCUUAAGACUCUUUCCAUUGACAUUCCUCCAUUAGCUCAGAAACCCCACCCUCCCUUGAGCCCAACAUCUCCCAACUCCAGCAGGCUUGAAUUUUCUCUUCUUGAAACGUCCAGCACUUCCAUGCACUCGCUCAUAACUCCUCCCACGACCCCGCCCUUUAACCAACCUCUCGCUCCAGAGAUCAAGCAGAAACUACGACAGUUGCUCAAAACAUACUGCCAGGGCUUGUGGGCUCAUGGAGUUCCUCAGCUGUUCCUGGAUGCAUUUGGGUGUGAGUUUCCACAGUACGCUUUGGAGAAUCUGUCUUUGGUGGCAGAUACAUGCAUGGUUGAAUACCCCAUGCCAGAUAAUCGGAAGAGAGCAAUACUGUAUGCGCUGCCAUCUCAUGUUGACACACAGCCGCGCCCACGGCCACGUCCUCUGCUUCUAACAUGCUCCGGCAACCCACACGUGCCUCCUCUGACCAUGCCAACAGGAGAGUAUCUGUCAGUUUUGGUGAUGGAGAUCAAUAGCACUGACAGUGUUGUUUUCAGGUUUGUGGGCGAGGGCUACUCCAAAGCUCUGGAGAAUAUGGAAGAGGCCAUGCUUCAGUUUUACAAUAGCAUUGGUGCUGGACUUUGUAUCCUUUCUCCUAAAAUUGGACAACUGGUGGCAGUUGCUGUAGAAGAGGAUGCAAUACUGAGAGCUCAGAUCCACCAAGUCACAGAAGACAACGUGAAGGUGUACUGUGUGGAUCAUGGGUUCUCUGAGGUGGUCAGCCGAAAAAAGCUACUACAGCCAAGCGACCAGUUUCUCACUCUUCCCUUCCAGGCAACCAUUUGCCAACUCGCAGGUCUGGAGCCGUUUAGUACUGAUGCGGUCGUUCUGAAGACUCUGGAGUCAACAGCUGUCGGUCGUACACUGUUAGCCGAGAUUGUGGAGCGUGAGGACACGCCCCUCAUUGUGCUGUAUGACACGUCUCAAAAUGAAGAUGUCAAUGUGAAUGCUGUCUGUUUGAAGGCUCUGCAUGAUAAAUCGAUGGAGAAUCCUCUACAGGUAAACAGCGUGUACACAAAUGUGUGCGUGACAAACGUGUGCUCGGAUGGCAGUAUUUAUUGUCAGUUGCCUUCGCGGGGCCGGGCCAAACUCAAAGACAUCAUGGACAAGAUUGAGACGCAUUUCAUCUCUCAGCUAACAUGGGAGCUGCUGGUGUCAAAGCCGUUUUGCGGGAAGGUGUGUCUGGCUAAAAACAAAGGCAAAUGGGCAAGAGCAGAGAUCACAAACCUUCAUGGGAGUCAAGUGUUAGACAUCAUGUUCUUGGAUUUAGGACUUCCUGCUUCGCUGGAGGUUAGCGAACUUCGAGAGAUCCCGCCCAUCUUCCUCAGAGAGCUCAUCACCAUACCACCACAGGCUAUCAAGUGUUUUCUGGCAGAUCUGAACACAGAUGGGAAUGUUUGGCCUCCUGAAGCUGUUUUGUGGUUGAGAGAGACGGUCCUCAACAAAGCCCCCUGCUGCAUGAAGUUUGUUAAGCUUGAUGAGACCAGAACAGUGCACAUCUACCUGUUCAGUGGUGAUGGAGCUCAUGACCUUCAGAGCAGCAUUAACCAUCAGCUGGCCUCCUGUCCAUUCUGGCAUCAGAAUUUCUACCUUAACCGGUUCUCUAAGGCUCCUGAGCCUUCCUUGGUUGAGAUGUGGGAUCCACCCUGUUUACAGUCUAAGGCCCUCACAAUGCCCUCUAAGCUGGAGCUACCCCAGGUGGGGCAAAACAUGGAUGUGUUUGUGUCGGUCGCGUGCCACCCCGGACACUUUGUGCUGCAGCUGUGGCAGGAUCUGUACAAGCUGGUGGUGCUUAUGGGAGAGAUGAUCCUGUACUACAACAAACAGGAAGUGACCCAAAUCGAUAUCCAGAAAAACUGCGUCUACGCUGCCAAGAUCGACAACAAUUGGCAUCGUGUUUUGGUAAAGGGCAUCCUGGCCAAUGGCUUGGUGUCUGUGUACGAGUUGGAUUAUGGGAAGUACGAGUUGAUAAACUAUUCUCAUCUUCAGCCACUCAUCGAUGAGUUUAGACAGCUUCCAUUCCAGGGCAUAUCUGCUCAGCUGGCAGGUGUGAAGCAGGGGGUCUGGUGCGAGGAAGCUGCUAUGGUGUUCCGAAACCAUGUGGAGAAGAAACCGCUGGUGGCCCAGAUCGAGUCGGUCGAACAGGGGGUGUGGCCCUGGGAGUGCAAAAUCUCCGUCUUCCUUGUUGACACCACACAGGAAAACAAUGACGUCUGGAUCCAUAAUAUCAUGGUGGAGUUUUUAGAAGAGCUCAGCAGAGCUCCUUGACUCUCAUCUCCUUGAGAUGAGUGCUGUAGGCCAAAACACUAAAGAAAUCACUACAUCUUGUAAUUCUUGAUGUUUAUUUGCGAUAAAGGUAUGUCUAAAUUGCGCGUUUUCUGAAUACUUAUGUGCUUGUAUUUGUUUUUUUACAUGUGUUAAAAAAACUGAUUUCAAUGUCAUAUAUUGUUCCAAGUGCCAUUGGAAAGGAUUGUUUUACCAUUUUCCUGUUACGAUCAGAUAAAUAUCCAUAUUACAGUUCUCGGAUUAACUCCAUAAUGCCGAACAACUUUUGCGUCUUUGCAGUAAGGUCAUUUCUUAUGUAAAUAUUUUGGGGAUUUGUUUGUUUUUUUGUUGUGUUUGAAACACAUUUUUGCAUAUACAUCUUAUUUUGCACCUUGGUUUGUUUGCGUUGUGCGUUUUUUAGAAGAGGAAAUGGCCAAAUUGUAC